GCGCGGCUGCAAAUAUUCCAAAUCUCGUACAAGAGCGCGAUCCCCAUUCCCUAGAAUUCCCCAUUCCUCCCCAUCAUAUCACCAUGGAGGGCGCCUUUACCCACCUGGGGAACCACCUCAUUUCCGAUUCGGCUGCCGCUAUCAAGGCCGGUGGUUCUGAUGAGCUGUCCACUAUCGAUCCCGACGAGAGUCUGCUCUACGGCGCGUACGGCGGCCGUGGAGCACGCGGCGGGCUGGGAAACGCCAGACGGCGCCAGGACGACGAGGACAAUGAGACGGAGGUCUUCGACGACGACGAUGAGGAGAGCCUGGCCAGUGUGCCAGUUGAUGGCAUGAAAGACUUGAAGCUGAAUGCCCCGGAAGAGGACAAAGAGCUGCCCGCUCAUGCCUGCGCAUACUGUGGCAUCCACUCCCCCGGCUGUGUUGUCAAGUGUCUUUCUUGCAGCAAGUGGUUCUGCAGCGCCCGAGGAAACUCGACCUCAUCGCACAUCGUCAAUCACCUCGUCAGAGCUCGACACAAGGAAGUCCAGCUUCACCCUCAGUCUGCCCUUGGAGACACGGUCCUCGAAUGUUACAAUUGCGGUACCAAGAAUGUCUUCCUCCUUGGGUUCAUCCCUGCCAAGUCCGACACGGUUGUUGUACUCCUGUGCCGCCAGCCCUGCGCUGCGAACACCUCGUCCAAGGACAUGAGCUGGGAUAUCUCGAGAUGGCAGCCACUGAUUGAGGACCGAUCAUUCCUCCCCUGGCUUGUUGCCACCCCCACCGAUACUGAGCAGCUUCGUGCUCGACACCUGAACCCCCCUCUGAUUGCCAGACUCGAGGAGACCUGGAAGGAGGUUCCAGGCGCCACCGUUUCGGAUCUAGAGAAGGGCGGUGGCAUUGAUGACGACCCCCACCCUGUUCUCCUCAAAUACGAUGACCCAUACCACUACCAGAACAUUUUUGGCCCUCUCGUGAAGAUGGAAUCGGAUUAUGAUAAGAAGCUCAAAGAAGCUCAGUCGGAGGACGGAUUGCAGGUCCGCUGGGACUACGGACUGAACAACAAGCACUUGGCCAGCUUUAUACUCCCUAAGAUCGAGUCUGGCGACGUCAAGCUGGCUGUGGGCGACGAGAUGCGGCUCAAGUAUAAGGGAGAGCUCCGCCCUCCCUGGGAAGGCGUGGGCUACGUUAUCAAGAUCCCCAAUAACCAGUCCGACGAGGUGACGCUCGAGUUGCGCAAGUCCGGCAACGACAAGUCCAUCCCGACCGAAUGCACGCACAACUUCUCGGCCGAUUACGUCUGGAAGGCCACCUCUUACGAUCGUAUGCAGCUGGCGAUGAAGACCUUUGCGGUCGAUGAGAUGAGCGUAUCGGGCUACAUCUUCCACAAGCUCCUCGGCCACGAAGUUGCUGUUGCGCCCAUGAAGCCACAGCUCCCCAAGCAGUUCACUGCCCCCGGCCUGCCCGCGCUGAACAGCAGCCAGAUCACGGCCAUCAAGACGGUCCUGUCCACGCCCCUCAGCCUGAUCCAGGGCCCGCCAGGAACGGGAAAGACGGUCACUUCGGCAACCAUCAUCUACCACUUGGCCAAGACUAGCCCGGUCCUCGUCUGUGCCCCGUCUAAUGUCGCUGUCGACCAACUUUGCGAGCGCAUUCACCACACCGGUCUGAAGGUCGUCCGCCUAACGGCCAAGUCUCGGGAGGAUGUCGAGUCCUCCGUCAGCUUCCUCGCCCUGCACGAGCAAGUCCGGAUGUACGACAGUAACGUGGAGUUGACCAAGCUCACCCAGCUGAAGAGCGAGCUCAACGAGUUGUCCAGCCAAGACGAGAAGAAGUUCAAGCAGCUUACCCGAGCUGCGGAGCGCGAAAUCCUCAGCUCCGCCAACGUCGUCUGCUGUACCUGUGUGGGUGCUGGAGACCCUCGUCUGUCCAAGAUGAAGUUCAGAAAUGUCUUGAUCGACGAGUCUACCCAGUCGGCCGAGCCGGAAUGCAUGAUCCCUCUCGUCCUGGGGUGCAAGCAGGUGGUUCUCGUUGGCGAUCACAAGCAGCUGGGGCCCGUCAUCAUGAACAAGAAAGCCGCCAAGGCCGGCCUCAACCAAUCUCUGUUUGAACGGCUGGUGAAGCUGGGCCUCACGCCCAUCCGCCUGAACGUGCAGUACCGAAUGCACCCGUGCCUCUCCGAGUUCCCUUCCAACAUGUUCUACGAGGGAUCGCUGCAGAACGGCGUCACCAUCCACGAGCGGCUCCGUCGAGACGUGGACUUCCCCUGGCCGGUUGCCGACAUGCCCAUGAUGUUCUGGUCGAAUCUUGGCAAUGAGGAGAUCUCGGCAUCCGGCACCUCGUAUCUCAACCGUACGGAAGCAUCCAACGUCGAGAAGAUUGUCACCCGUUUCUUCAAGGCCGGCGUCAAGCCGGCUGAUAUCGGCGUCAUCACUCCAUACGAGGGCCAGCGAAGCUACAUUGUUAGUACCAUGCAGAACACGGGCACCUUCAAGAAGGAGUUCUACAAGGAAGUCGAGGUGGCCUCGGUCGACGCGUUCCAGGGCCGAGAGAAGGACUUCAUCGUCCUUUCCUGCGUCCGAUCCAACGAAAACCAGGGCAUUGGUUUCUUGUCCGACCCGCGCCGUCUCAACGUCGCCCUGACUCGUGCCAAGUACGGACUCGUUAUCAUCGGAAAUCCCAAGGUCCUGUCUAAGCACGAGCUCUGGCAUCAUCUCCUCGUCCAUUUCAAGGACCGGAAGUGCCUCGUCGAGGGACCCCUUACCAACCUUCAGCUCUCGCUCCUUCAAUUCGGCCGCCCGAAGAUAAACUACCGUCCCCAGCGCUCCACAGCAGUGCAGCCGCAGUACCCCUCUGCGGGCUAUUCGAACGGCCGUUACGGCGGCAGCAGCGGCAUGAAUGGGUCGAUCCGAGACUACGAUACGGGAUCGAUGAUGUCGUACAUUCCGGACGACGUCUCGUCCAUCCACAGCUCCGCACUCGGUGGUGCUGGCCUGAGCUCUGCCUACCCUCACAUGUUCUCAAACUUCAAUCCGGACCAGUGGCCCGGCCUGCCCGGCGUGCAUCCCACUGGCCGUUCGGGCACCAAGAGCCGGGGUCGUGCCACCGAGAGCGUCGCCGGCGAGAGUGUCGCCAACAGCGAGUUCACCGAAGCCAGCAACAGCGUGAUCGGCGGAAAGGGUGUCGGACAGGGAGGAGCGAGCCUGGGCGCCAGCUUGGUUGAGACGCUUGGGUCGGCUCGGCCGGCAUCAUACAGCCAGAGUGAUCGUCUCAAGCAGUACGUCGAGAGCAGUGGCCGGAUGGGACAGGGGAACGGAUACGGUCGCCGCUAUGACGACGACGAGAAGAGCGUCAGCACUGCGUUUGCUAGCCAAAUUGGUUCUGGCUAUGAUUGAGGUGGGGGCGGGAAUUGCAAGGACCAUCAUCGGUUGAAACCUCUUUCACGACGAGUCCUGCGACAACAUCUUUUGGCAUCGUGAAGCGCGAAAGCCUUUUGCCCCCGCCCCUAUCGAGCUGGUCGAGUACCGCACUGAGGCCAUCCAAGCCGCCAUGCUUGGGACUAAACCUCUCAGGACAGCUGCCAGUGCCUUGUAGCGGAAUGCCUCCUCCCCCUCUCUAGCCGGACCCAGGCC